ACACGUUUCAUUGUUAUGGAGCUUAAAAUUUUGCAGUGUAUUUUUUCUGUAUUUGUUUUGACAGUACUGGCGGAUUCAACACCAUGUAAUUCACCCACAGACUGUGCUGCCAAUGAAUGCUGUAUCAAUUUGAUAAGACCUUUAGGAAAGAGGUUUCUUGACCUUAGAAUUCAUGGACGCUGUCAACCACUUGGGACUGAAAAAUCCGGAUGUUACGUUAGAUAUGGUUCGGCAUCACAGCCACCAGACCAACUGGUAUUUGGAUGUCCAUGUAGCUCACCAUUAAUAUGUAAAGGAAAGGGGUUAUAUGAUGUUCCACUUGGUGAAUUGGGUAUGUAUAUUUAUGAGUAUAAUGUACACAUCACAUAACGGUGACAGCAUUUUUCUGGAUAAUAUUUAGAGGACUGUCGAUAUACCAAAUGGUCAAAUAUAGUAUACAAAUGUUGAAGCAUUUUGACCUAGGAAAUGAUAAAAGCAUAUGGUCAAUGCUUGUCAUGUUCUAGAUAUAACUAGGCCAUGUUUUUCAUUAACAAAAUAGUUUUGCUAUGAACUAUUUAAUUUUUGUGCAUUUUCCUC